GCCUGCAAGUCAGCAAACGCCAAGAAGCUGCGCAAUUCGCGAUUUCGCGUACAUCUUACGUUAUUUUAUGGCGGAGCAGCCGGCGUGUCUCUCUAAUGUACGCAAUUGUCGUUAGAGAGCCUACCUCUCUUUACAGCAGGUGAGGUCAAAUGCAGAGGAAAGGAGCGGAAGGGCUUUGCUGACAGGUGGAGGAAAAUACUUAAGUUUUGAGCUAAAAAAAAAAUAACAAAUGGACGACAAUAACACGAUACUGACCGAGAGCCUCGUAAUAUGGCUGCAGACCUUCAACACUCCUGCACCCUGCAGAACAGUGGAGGAGCUGACCACUGGAGCGGCAAUAUCACAAGCACUGCAUCAAAUAGACCCAGCGUGGUUCACUGAUGGAUGGCUGGGUCGUAUCAAAACAGAUGUUGAGGAUAACUGGAGACUGAAGAUGAACAACCUGAAGAAGAUCCUUCAGAUGGUGAUUGAUUAUUAUAAUGAGGUCUUAGCCCAGGAAAUCUCAGACUUCCCCUUGCCAGAUCUAUCUCUGGUGGCAGAGCAUUCACACUCCGUGGAGCUGGGGAGGCUGCUGCAGCUCGUAUUGGGCUGUGCUGUCAGAUGUGAGCGUAAACAAGAAUACAUUCAGAUCAUCAUGACCUUGGAGGAGUCUGUGCAGCAUGUUGUCAUGACAGCCAUCCAGGAGCUCAUGAGUAAAGAGAUCAUGGCCCCGUUUGGAGCAGAACUGUCAGGGGACUUGGAACAGCAGUUGAAAAAAGCCCUAGAAGAACUCACUGAACUUCUAGCAGAGAAGGAAGCGUUAGCCCAACGCUGUCAAGAGCUGGACAUACAGGUGGCUGUUCUGCAAGAGGAACGGAACAGCUUAUUGGCUGAGAAUGACGUCCUAACGGACCGAGCCAAUCAGCUGGACACAUUCGACGACCCAAGCACCCCGUCAGGAAGGAAACACAGCCAGUUGCAGCAACAGUUCGAGGCACUGCAGGAGGAGAACUUCAGGCUGGAGGCUGCUAAGGAUGACUACCGGAUCCACUGUGAAGAGUUGGAGAAGCAGCUGAUCGAGGUUCAGCACCGUAACGACGAGCUCACCAGCCUGGCAGAAGAGUCUCGAGCCCUCAAAGAUGAACUGGACGUUCUGAGGAACUGCUCAGAUCGGGUGGUGAUGCUGGAGGCCUCGGUGGAUACAUACAAACGUAAACUGGAGAACCUAGGUGAUCUGAAGAGGCAAAUGAAGCUGCUGGAGGAGAACAACAUGACUUACAUGCACAACACUGUCAGCUUGGAGGAAGAAUUGCGCAAGGCCAACGCUGCCCGCGCACAGCUUGAGACAUACAAAAGACAGGUCCAGGAGCUACACAGGAAGUUGUCUGAGGAGUCGCGGCGAGCAGACAACCUGGCCUAUGAGAUGACCAAAUUAGAGGAAAAGCACGAAACCUUGAUGAAGGAGAAAGAGAGGACCAUCGUCGAGAGAGAUUCUCUGAAGGAGAUCAAUGAGGAGCUGCGAUGCACUCAGGCUCAACAGCACCAGCUCUCCCAAGCAGGCAUUCUUCCUUCUGCCAGCCCUAGCCAUGAUAACCUGGCAGCUGAAUUAAUACCCAUUGAGUACAGAGAAAGGUUCAUCAGGCUGCAGCAUGAGAACAAGAUGCUGAGAGUGCAGCAGGAGGAGUUUGAGAGAGAGAAGAUCGCCACACUGCAGGCCCAGCUGGAGGAAGCACAUAAAACGCGCAGUGAACUGGACACCGAGAACAGAUUGAGUCGAGAGCGGAUCAGCGAGCUGCAGCAGCAGGUGGAGGACCUACAGAAGGCUCUGCAGAGCCAGGCGGCCAAACCUGAUUCAAACCUGAAGCGGAAACUCGACGCACACAUGGUCCAGCUGAACGAGGCUCAGGACGAAAUCAUGAAGAAGAAAGAGCUGCUGGAGGACCUUCAGCCUGACAACACGCAAACUUCCUUGAAGCUGGAUGAGUUGAUGGCUGCUCUGAAGAAGAAGGAUGACGACAUGAGGGCCAUGGAAGAGAGGUACAAAAUGUACCUGGAGAAAGCUCGCAACGUUAUCCGAGCGCUGGAUCCAAAGCUAAAUCCAGCCACCGCUGAGAUCCAGGCUCUGAGGAACCAGUUAGCAGAUCGGGAAAAGCAGUUUCUCAACCUGGAACGUCAAUGUGAGCAGGCCAAACUGAGAGAGUAUGAGGAGAAGCUAAUCGUCACUGCGUGGUAUAACAAGAGUCUAAACUUUCAGAAGCUGGCGAUUGAAUCCCGUCUCGGUGGCUGCACCUCCUCCGUGCUGUCCCCCGGCCAGUCCUUCUUGUCCCAGCAGCGACAAGUCUCAAACGCCCCACGCCGUGCGCUUUCCAUCAGCGUGCCUGCCACUACCUCAAAGUAGACCUUGUCAUAGAGCCAAAUGGCUCCCGUUUAUUCAGUUAAGGGAUGCAUACUCUCCCUCACUCCCUCCCUCCCACCAGUGAGCACUCAAGUGACCUUAAACACACUCUGCUCUCGGUGCAUGUGGAGGGGUCACGGAUGAGCUCCUUGGGAUCAAUGAGCACUAACUCAUCAAACACAACCGUAUAGGUCACCCACCUGAAACUAUAGCAUACUGUCCCACAAUACACUAACUACAGGCUGACCUUUUUAUACAACCUGUGUUCAGCUCACUAGCUAAAGUAGGGCACACUGUCCCAACCUGUAGACUUGGAGCAUAUUUACUAACUGCCUCGUGGGUUUGCUUGGCGAACAGGAGACUCGGCUAAAUCCUUGCUACAAUCAAUUUAGCUUUCAGUCUCCUGUCUUGUUGUGUACUUGAACAGUUAUGAGAUAAAUGGAAGUUAUUUCCUUUAUUCAGAAUUGGAGCCCAUAAUAUAUAUGAAUGUGAUUUUCUUUUGAAUUGUGAUUUUUCUACUUGAAUGCUAAAGCCAACUAACUUCAGAUGAUUGUUGAUGUAUGGAGAACUAUACCAUCGCACUAUGCAGUUAAGGGGGUACUAAUGGAGUCAUCUUGCAGACUGAGGAAAAGACAAACAUGCUUCAGAUGAGAAAAUGACCGCUAUAUGUGGUGCUGGCCACCAACUGCUUUCUAAGCAUCAAAGAUUAGUCACCUAUGAUUUUCUUUUUACUAAAAUGGAAAAACCAUUAUUAUAAACCAUAUUAAGUGAUCAACCUCUGAGGUGCUGCAACAACAAAUCCUACACAAGAAAUUCAGGACUAGUGUAUUUAUCAUGUAUUUUCUAUACUUUAAAUUGUGAUUUGACUUCCUCCCUGGCAGCAUGCUCUAAAUGAAAAAGGGCAGGCCUUAUUAUUCACUGAAUAUCUUGAAUCAUAUUUGUUAGUAAGAAAUAAAGUCUAUGAAGUUGUACAAUUGUAAUGUUAAUAAUGAAUUAACACCAGCUUCUGAUCCAAAUGUCAGAUCCAGGUUAAGCUUUCAUACAGUACCUGACAAUUGUAACUUGAGAAUCUUAAUUACUUGUAGCAUUGUAGUUGAUAUAUUUAAUCAUGGAUGUUUUCAGGCUGUUUUAGUGUUAAUGGAAGUUCAGAGUGAAGAGCGCUUUAGAAGCAGGACUUUUCUUUCUGUCCAGUCUUAAGUUAAACUGCACUAGUUUCACAAUUUGAAAUGGCUGUUGAUUGCCUUGUCACUCUGUAGGUUUGCAAUAACACUAAAGAGGCAUUCUGUUACAAUGGUCUUGCCAUUUGUGAUCUAUAGAUGUCGUCAAAGCGCUUUUAUUUUCCUUUGCAGUGGAUGAUUCUCGUAGAUUGCUGAUUUCAAAGCAGUGUCAUUUAUAUGAUAAGUACAAUCAAAAGUAGCAUAGAGACUACAUACGUAGUGUUAUGUUUGUGUGUAAAUGAAAAGUGAGGAAGGCAUUAUGAAUUUUCAGGAAUUUAAGGAGUUACAAAUGCAAUGCCUUUUUGUUGUGAAUAAAUAAAUUCUUUUUCUAAGA